CAGCAGACGCUUAGCACCGCAGAGAGUGUGUACAUACAAACCCAGUACAGUUCUGACGACAACAGGCCCAGCUGAUAUUGAUUUUAGCGUCGGAACCAAAAUAAAGCUCGCCAAAUCGCAAUAAUUCCUGCAUGGACCUGGACUAGGAGCCGACGCCGCAAUGAUUCCGGUGCACAGCGUCGACGAGAUUUUCGAGGUCAUCAGGCAGGCGAAGGACAACGACUUGAAACUACGCUUCUUCGGCAACACUUUUCCCUGUCCAAGAGGCAGCGACAGAGAUGCAACCGUGGACAUUUCGCCGAUGCGAGCCCUCGUGGCUUGCGACCCUGAAAAGCAAAUGGUCAAGAUCGAGGGAGGGAUGACGUUGCUGGAGCUCAGCGAAAUGCUCAGGAGUUUCAACCUGGCCCUCGAGUUUGCGGGACCAAUGCCGAAUUUCACUGUCAUUGAUGCUAUAUCACUAGGGAUGAUUGCAUCAAACACAUCAAUAGCAGAUAGCCUAGAAAAGUGCGAAGUAGUAUUACCGUCUGGGGCGACGAAAGAAGUUCGCUGGCCGACGGAAAAGGAGGACAAAAAAGCCAUCACCGAAGGCGAGCAAAGGCCCGAGCUGUCCCUGCAGUCGGUCGUUUCAGGGCUCGGUCUCUCUGGAGUGAUCACCUCAGCAACCUUCAAAUGCGUGCCCCUUCACACGUUACUUGAGAACAACAGGCGAGUCUCUCUGGCCCAGUUUCUGGAGAACUGGGAGAAAAUGGGUUUAGCAAGCUACAUUUGCGCCAGUUGGUUUGCCCUCAACGACACCCUUCUGGUCACGUCAGCAUUUUCAAUGAGGCUGCAUUUGUCGUACAAGCAGCCGGUGCUGGACAAAAUCUGCGAAGCCAUGUGGAUGGCUGCGACGAGCAUUGCGAGUGCUCUGAGGUCGUGGUCAGCGUGGCUGUUUCCCAAAAGCGCCGCUCUGAUGUCGCAGGCUCACUGCUUUUGCCUGCGCAACGCCGUUCGCCACAGGACAAAUUUCUGCUUUCCAGUGCAGAAGUUCGUGCCCCUAAAGCAGCACUGCCGGGGUGUCAAGUGGAUUUUGCCAUCGAACAGGAAGGAGAGCGUCCUGAAGAAGCUCAGCGUCUGGUCUCUGGAGCACCCUGAGCUGUGCUCCUCGCCCGCGGAAAUUAGUAUUCAGCGGCACGCCCGGCGGAUCAACUCAUUUUUAAGCCCGCACACUGCUGAUCACACUUUCAGCAUUCAAGUGGACUGGUUCCACAAUACUUGUACCUACUUCAGCCCAGAGUUGGCUGAGUUUGAGUCUCUUCUUCAGAUGCACGGUGGCCGAAAGUGCUGGUCAGUCGGCCCCGUGAGCGUGUCGCCGCUGAUCGGCCACCUCUACGACGGAUUCCCUCGGUGGCGAGCGGCCAAGUCCAGCGUGGACAGGAUCAAUUUAUUCCGAAGCGCAUACGUGGACGGCGAUCUAGUCAUUCACAAAUAUUGAAUCACAACUCGUAGACUGUGUAACCAUUUAUAAUUUUGAGUAGCUAUUUUACAAUUGAAAAACAAAAUUAACGCAGUUCUGUGAUAAAUUUGUAGCUGGAUUUUUCUCAUAUCUCUAUCUUCUUUGGUACAAAAGCGUGCAAGACGUAGGCUUUCCAAAAGCAUUUCGAAAGUGUCAAUUUCAAAUAUUUUUGUCUUGGCAUUGUGUAAAAUUAGGAAUUAUACCUCAAUAAAAUUAUCGAAACCUAGAAAAA